AUGACCACCGACGCCAUUCCUUCCUACCAACGAGUCGAACCCGGCUCAGUAAACAUCGACGUCGAAGACCUCACCAAAAUCCAAACCGCACAGCCCAAAGACAUCGACAAAGCAACCGAAGAAUGGGUCUCCGCAUUCAAUAAAGCCAUCCAGUCCCAUAACCAUGCCGGCCUCACGGAUCUCUUCCUUCCCAACGCUUUCUGGCGGGAUCACCUUUGCCUGACUUGGGAUUUCCAUACCAUGAAAGGCACGGACAAGAUCAAGGAGUUUGUGGCGCAAGGUGGAAGGUGCAGAUUGAAGAAUAUUGAAGUGGAUAGGAGUAGUGAUUUUAGGAAGCCGGUCAUUGCGGGGUUUGAUGGGCAGGGGAAGGUGCAGGGUGUGCAGACUUUCCUGACAACUGAGUCGGAUGUGGGGAGAGGGAUGGGAGUUGCACGAUUGGUGCAGACGGAGGGGAAGUUGAAGGCAUUCACGCUUUUCACUUCGAUGAGAGAGCUGAAGGGUCAUGAAGAGGCUACAUUUGGAAGGCGACCAGAGGGGGUUUCUCAUGGGGGGCAGCCGGGUAGAAAGAACUGGCAGGAGCGCCGCAUUGCAGACGAGAACUUUGAGGAUAGCGAGCCAACUGUCUUGAUUCUUGGUGCUGGUCAAGGAGGUCUCACUCCAGCUGCUAGAUUAAAAAUGCUCGGAGUCAAUGCCCUCAUCAUCGACCGCAACGAGAGAGUUGGAGAUAACUGGAGACAAAGAUACCAUCAACUCGUCUUGCACGAUCCAGUUUGGUACGACCAUUUGCCAUAUAUCAACUUUCCUGCACAUUGGCCAAUUUUCACACCCAAGGAUAAGCUUGCCGAAUUCUUUGAGACCUAUGCGAAGCUGCUGGAGCUAAAUGUCUGGACAAGCACUGAGAUCAAAUCAUCACACUGGGAUAAAUCCAAAGGCCAAUGGACAGUCGUUCUUGAGCGGAGAAAGGAACCUGGCGUUGUCGAGACUCGCACACUUCACCCGAAGCAUAUCAUUCAAGCCACCGGCCAUUCCGGCGAGAAGAACUUCCCUUCACAUAUCCCAGGCAUCUCGGGCUUCAAGGGUGAUCAUCUCUGCCACUCAUCCGAAUUUACUGGUGCCAAGAUGGACGGAAAAGGCAAGAACGCCAUUGUCGUGGGCUGUUGCAACUCAGGACACGACAUCGCUCAAGACUUCUAUGAGAAAGGAUAUGAUGUGACCAUGAUUCAACGUUCAUCCACCUGUGUCAUCUCCUCCAAAGCCAUCCUGGAGAUCGGCCUUGCAGGGCUCUACGACGAGCAAGGACCUCCAGUCGAGGAUGCCGACGUUGCUUUCUGGAGUAUCCCAGCCUCAGUCCUCAAGUCAAUCCACAUCGACGUAACCGUGGCGCAGAACAAGCUUGAUGAGAAAAUCCUUCAAGGUCUUGAGAAAGCCGGAUUCAAGCUCGACCAAGGACCAGAUCGUGCUGGUCUCUUCAUGAAAUACUUCCAGCGGGGUGGUGGAUAUUAUAUCGACGUCGGUGCCUCGCAACUCAUCGCCGACGGCAAAAUCAAGAUCAAGCAGGGCCAAGAAAUCGCCGAAGUACUACCCCACGGAAUGAAAUUCGCAGAUGGCACUGAGCUCCCCGCUGAUGAGAUCGUUUUCGCUACCGGAUAUAAGAACAUGCGGACUCAGACGAGAAAGAUCUUUGGAGAUGAGUUGGCGGAGCAGGUCAACGAUGUUUGGGGGUUCGAUGAAGAGGGUGAGGUGAGGGCCAUGUGGAGAAAGACCGGUCACCCUGGUUUCUGGUUCUUCGGUGGGAAUCUAGCACUCUGUAGAUAUUGGUCGAGGAUGGUUGCGUUGCAGAUUAAGGCGCUGGAGGAGGGGAUUUGCAAGUACGAUGAUAAAUGA